AUGCGCGCCGCGACGGCCGCGCGCGGCCUGCGCUCUGCGCUCCCGGCACGCCCGCCGUCAGCGCACGCACUCGCGCCCGCGCCCGCGCCGCCCAUGGGCCUCCCGCCCGACCACGUACCGGUCGCAUCCCUGAGCAUGCGCUCCCUCCUGGACGUCUGUACUCGCUCCGCGCGGGGCGCGCGCACAUCGCUGCCGAGUGCCGCAGCCUCACUUGAUGACCUGCCGUGCAUGGCCGAGCGCGAUCGCGCAGCCGUCGAGGCGACGCUACGCGAGCGCGGCGUGCCGGAGGCGCGCUUCGUCCAGUGGUACAACGCCUAUACGCGCCCAACGUGGCCUGAAUGCGCGGCGCUUCUCGAGCCGCUCCAGCCCGGCGAGCUCCCGCCGUUUGUGCUACAGCGCGCCCUGCACAAAAUCGCACACAGCAGCGAGGCGGCCAGCGCCAUGCGCCUCGUCGCUCGUCACCUGCCGACGCUCGGCGUCGACGAAGCCCACCGCCUGUGCCUCUUUCUCUGGCACCGCCUCCUGCGCACGCACGAGGCGUGGCCCUCCGCGCGUGCGCUCACGCACCACACGCUCGAGACGGCGCGCCGCUGGCUCGACAAGCGCGAGCCCCAGCCAGGCUAUGCACAUACGCUCCUCUUCACGGCCUUUACCAUUGCGCUGCGGGGCUGCCCUGACGAGCGCGCACGCGCCGCGCUCCUGCGCGUAUGGGCCAUGGCAUGCGAGCGCGCGCCUCGCACACGCGACGAGCUCGUGGCGCACCUCGCACACCGCGUCCACACGCGCCGCGGCGCCGCGUGGCUCAGCGUGCCGAUGCUCGAGGACAUGCUCGCGCCCCUGCCGCCCGAGGCGCGCCCUGCGCUCCUGCGCGUCGCGGUGCGUACCGCUGCCGCGCAGGGAGACACGGCCCACGCGCGACAGUGGUACGCGGCACUCGAUGCCACCGCCGACGAGGCAGCCACGCCGCUGCUUCGCGCCCUCGCGCACUCACCCUCGCACGCCGACGUUCACGAGGCGUGGGCCCUCUUCGACGCACUCGUGCAGGGCACCGAUGCGCCGCCAGAGCGUGCGCGCCUCGCUGACUGGAUGCUCAUGCUGCGCGCAGCGGCCGGCGACGCACGCAUCCCCGCCGCACGCGUCGCAGCGCUCCUGGGCCUCCCGGGGCGCGAUGGCCGCGCUGUCCCCGGCGAAGGCGCGCCGUGGCGCGUGCCAGACGACAUCCACGCGCAGCUCCAGGCCUCGGUCGUCGCGCACACGGCGCUCGUGGAUGGGCUGCUUGCGCGCGGCGAUCCGGCAUAUGCGUGGGCCGUGUGGGACGCCAUGCUCCAGCGCGGCAUGGCGCCGGACGUGUGGGCGCUCACGACGCUGUGCCGCCUGUACUUCCAGGCAGGACACCCUGCGCGUGCGCUCGAGAGCGUCGUGCACUUUUGCCACGGGGGAUGGGCGCUGCCGCCGCGCGGCACGGCCGUCCAGCUGCGCGUGCCGACGAUCGAGGCGCUCAGAGACGUGCCUCUGACCCAGGCGCCGCCUGAGGCAACGGCGCGGCGUGUGCGUGUGCCGCCCAGCACGUACCUGGCCAACACACUGCUGGCCGGUCUUCUGCGCGCAGGCGCGCACGAGACGGUGCUGCGGGUGUGGGAGGCCCUCGGGCCGACGCUGCAUGUGCGCCCGGACGCGGUCUCGCUGCAGGUCAUGCUGAGCGCCGCGGCGAGGGCGGCGCGGCCGCGCGCCGACCUGGUGGCGCCGCUGGCCGUGCGCGAGUACGUGCGGCGCACGCUCCUCGCGCAGUACCCCGAGCUGCAGGCGUGCACGAACCCCCUCGAGGCGGCCGGCCGCAGUGUGCGGGGCUGGCUCGUGCGGGGCGAGCUGCGCCUGCGCCGCUGGGAGCAGUGGAUCGAGCAGCGCGUCGCAGGCCUACUGCGCGGUGCCGCGGGCCGCGCCGAUACGCCGAGCUCGCCGGCGCCGACGGACGCGGCGAUGCUGCGCGGAUGGCACGGGCAUGCCAUCGGCGGCGCUCGCUCGCGAGAUCGCCGACGAGCUCUUCCUCGUGCCUGCGUGGAUGCGCGCCCUCGACCUCGUCCCUACGCGCGCGACGCUGUGCCUCUUGUGUGUGGCGCAGGACGAGCGGCUGCCGCCCGCGGCGGGCGCCGCGCCCCUGCGUGA